UGCGUGUCUGUAUGUGUGUACACAGGAAACCUCAUGCGAGUGAAAAGGAAACCGGUGACAAAGAGGGGAGAAGAUACCCUGAACUAACCCUCAGCCACGCUCCCCAGUGGAGGUGGACACCAAGCUCGUACAACCCUGGAGAACACAACUUGCAACUCAUCAAGUUCACAGUUGGGGCGAUGUCCUCUUAAGGCGAGAAGCACUAACAGGUUUAUUUGGUGUGGCUGCGUUCUGUUUUUUUUCCUUUACAUGACAAUAGGGAGACAGGACUUCCUGGUCUGAUCUGUAUGGGUUCAUAUGAUCUACCAGUCUGUGCCAGAGACGAGUCACCCCAGGGGCUGUUAAUCCUGCUUUGUAGGCCAGUGACGCUGUAGCCGUUGGAAGAAGAAGAAGAAGUAGAAGCAGCCUGUGCAUUCAGCACCUGAGAAGAAAGAACUGCACUGAGGAUUGAAUUGCUGCUCUGAGUUCAGGAGAAUCUGUUUCGGUGCAAAACAAUCGUUGGGAAUCUGUUCUGGGUUCUUGAGGUCCACCACCCUACCUAGUUCACAACCUUCUGACAGGCCUUUAGUAGACGGAAACCACUCUUGGAUCUUCUUGGGAGGAGAAGAACCCAAAACAAACAAUCCUCAUCUGGGUUCGGAGAGAAAGGCUUCCCAGGAUAGUCCAGGGCCUCGCCUCGCUGCCCCAUGGAGAGCCCGGUGCCGCCGGACCAGGACGAGGCAUUCGACUUCCUCUUCAAGCUCAUCCUCAUCGGGGACUCGGACGUGGGGAAGACCUGCGUGGUGCAGAGCUUCAAGUCGGGGCUGUUCUCGGAGAAGCAGCAGAACACCAUCGGCGUGGACUUCACCGUGCGCACGCUCGACAUUGACGGCAAGAGAGUCAAGAUGCAGGUUUGGGACACGGCCGGCCAGGAGCGCUUUCGCACCAUCACUCAGAGCUACUACCGUAGUGCCCACGGGGCAAUGAUUGCCUAUGACAUCACCAGGCAGGAAACCUUCGACUCUGUGAGACAUUGGAUCCAGGAGGUGGAAACCUAUGGAGCCACCAACAUAGUCCUGGUUCUUAUAGGCAACAAGUGCGACCUGGAGACCAGUCGGCAGGUUGACUUCGAGAAGGCCUGCUCUCUGGCCACCGAGAAGGGGAUGCUAAUGGCUCUAGAGACCUCAGCCAAGAAGAGACAAAACGUGGACGAUGCCUUCAUGCUGAUGGCCAGGGAACUGCUUUUGCGCAACGGCAUGAGCGUCCAGCAGGGGGUGCCAGCGAGCGAGCCCCGUGGGCUCCUCCGGUCCAACUCUCGCCCGGUGAACGGCACCUACCCUCCGCCGCCACCGGAGAAUAAGUCGUGUUGUUGAAGUGGGGAUACGAAAAAGGACGAUGGAGGCAAUGAAAAAAACUAAAAACAAUGGAUCAAAUGUAUACUGGAAUUUAACAAUUUUUGAAGAAGAAGAAAAAAAAGAGAAAAGACUGGACGAUAUCGAGUGCAAGAAGAGGAAGAACGAGGGGUAUUGUUGAUAAUUAUAGCCCAAGUUGCAUGAAACUUCGAAAACAGCAUCAAGUAUUUUAAACACAGCCUUACACUGAUGUGGAGCUAUUUUUGUAAGCCUAUGCAUUAAUAAAUUGUACCAACUAUGUAGACUCGUGGGACCGUCCAGAUAUUUAAACUCGCGAGAUUGGGGUGGUCUCACGAGACUACCAGAUAAGUGUUUGGCGGAACCCAUGGCGGAACCCAGCUAUAAUGUCUCGCUGCGAAUUAUGGACAAUCCAACGUCCAAGUGCUGUCACGUGAUUCCACUUGCCACCCCCACUGACGUCACUGGCUAAUGACUGAAACAACCUAAUUGUGAUUGCAAAAACAUGCGUUUGUGAAGUGAGUUUUUGAUGGGUCCACUCCUUAAGCCAGGGGUGUUUCUAGGUGUCUUAAACAUCCGGGGCUUAGCCCAGACGGAAAAUGAAAAUGCCGAAAUGAUUCUAUGCUUUAUUUUGCAUGAAUUUUUUUUCAUAAUACUUCACCUAAAUAAACAAAAUGCAUAGUUUAUUAUAGCUUAAAAUAGCUACCUGACUGCUGUGCUGCUUAUCCCCGAAUGUCUAAAGUUCCAUUCAAGUUAUUUCAGAGUAAAAUUACAAGUGAGACUGACUUUACACACACACAUCUGACUGGGGAUAGGAUAAGUUAAUUCACUUGAGGUGCUAAAAAGGUUAUGUUUUUAAACUGUUUAUUCUCUUGCCAUAAGGACUAUCUAGACGAGGCUAGUACUUAUAAUUAUAAAUAUUUUUACUUACAUUUAUUUUUUUAACCCAAAAAUUAUAUUCAGGGCUAAUUAAACACAGGGUCUAUGAUUAGGAUGUCUGGGUUCAGGUUCUGCGUUCAGGGCCUAAUCGACCAGGUAAACACGCAUCCUGCCGUCCUCCGAGCUCCAGGAAACCAAGUUCCAGGUGGUUAAUAUUUAGCUCAGACGGACGUCGUUCACUCAAUACAUUCAUGAUCCAAAAUCUGACCGCAGCUGACCUCAGAUCUGGUGAACUGGGCUUUUAUUUAUUUCACUUCAUAUGUUUCGAUCAAUCCUGUUGCUGGAGGCAGAGUUAUAUGCAGACAAACUAGACCAGCCCAUGAACAUUUUAAAAUGUAAAUACAGACAUUCCUGUAUAAUUAAGGUGUAUGACAGCUCCCUCUAAUGGACAACAGUCUCACACCAAACUACAUUUUCCGUUUGAUCCAACGUAGCUAUAGUACAUUGAUGCGAGACGGGUUGGUGGACUGAACGUGCUGUAGCAGAGAAUGGCCUGCUGGGCAGUAUGUACAUUGUUAAAUACAUGAAUAGUAGUGAUGCGCGGGUCAGGUUUUAUUAAAACCCGCCCCAACCCAACCCGUUAGGAGAUCUGAACCGCCCCGCCCAGCCUGCAAAAAUAUACGCCGAUAAUGACCCAAACCCGACCCAACCCGAGAAAAAAAAAAUAUAUAACUUUUUUUUUUCUUUUCUUUUUUUGUUCUGAAUGAGCUUGUGUGGAGGAAAGCUUGUUAGGCUGUGGAGCCGACCCACGGCAUGAAUGCCGAAGUAGCUUCGAUGUACCUGUUUUAUGCCUGUCGUAUUUGUACAGCAUCUCACACUCAAAGCAGACAACGUAGUCUGUAACGGUGUCAUCGGACAAGCCGACACUUCCAAAUUUUUCCCAAACCUUGCUUUUUUGGCCCACCCUCGUCACAACCUUUGCAUCGCCCUUUUUUAACUUUUCUCUAAUCAAGUUAGCCAUGUCUUCAUCGGUAUGACGGAGUAUUAGGGCCACACGUGAAGAAAAAAAUAAUUUUUGCCGUGACGAGAUUAAAAUCAACACGGCGACUUUAAAGUCAACAUGUCCACAUUAAACACGAAAUGUCGAGAAUAAAGUUGAAAUGUCAUGUCGACUUUAAUCUCGACGUGUCGACUUUAAACUCAAAAUGUCGAGAAUAAAGUUGAAAUAUCAUAUCGA